GGCGGCAUAUAAGCUCAAUAAAUAAUAAAUACAAUAAAUAAUAGGUUUGGAGAUAACACAAUUUCACAAGAGCUGGGAGGGAAAUGGAUUUUCCUAGGUGCAGUAUGUUUGUUCAGUCUAUUGCUGUGCUAAUGCAAAGUUGCUGAGUGAGGUUUGGCCUUCAGUGGGAAAUUAAGAGCCGUUAACUUUACAAAAGACCUGCUCCUCAGUUGUUUUGUGUCCAUCUAGCAGCCUACAUCUUUGGAUCAUCUUUAUGGUGGGCAGGCUGUGAGAACUGCCCUAACGUCCAUCUGCACUUCCAAAAUUACUGCUACAGCACUGUGAACAGUACAGACUCUUGCUGAGAGAAAAGAACCAUGGCUUCUAUUUGGGUUGGAAAAAGUGGGACAAUACAGAAUCACCCUGGGUUCAAUCCAUCCGAAGAUGCUAAGGCAAUUCAGAAAGCCAUCAAGGGAGUAGGCACGGAUGAAAAAACCCUGAUCGAUAUCCUGACGACGAGAUCGAAUGACCAGCGGCAGCAGAUUGUGAGGGAGUACAAGGCAGUUGCGGGAAAGGAAUUGAAAGAUGCAUUGAAGGGAGACCUGUCGGGAAAUUUGGAGUGUCUUAUGGUGGCUCUUGUGACGCCCCCAGCAGUAUUUGAUGCUGAACAACUCAACAAAUCCAUGAAGGGUCCUGGAACCAAUGAGAAGACCUUGAUUGAGAUCCUUGUCUCCAGGACCAGCAAGCAAAUUAAAGAAGUAGCCCAAGCAUAUCAUACAGUCUAUAAGAAGAGCCUUCGAGAUGACAUUAGCUCUGACACAUCUGGGGACUUCAGGAAAGCCUUGCUAAUGUUGGCAGAUAGCAAAAGAAAUGAAAGUGAAAAACCAAAUGAACAGAUGGCCAAGACGGAUGCACAGGUCCUGUACAACGCUGGGGAGAAGAGGUGGGGAACAGAUGAAGACAAGUUCAUUGAAAUUUUCUGCCUCAGGAGCAUUCCUCAGCUGAAGCUAACCUUUGAUGAGUACCGAAAGCUCAGCGGAAAGAAAAUAGAAGACAGCAUCAAAGGUGAACUCUCUGGGGAUUUUGAAGACCUGCUGCUGGCCAUCGUGAAAUGUGUGAACAAUACUCCUGCAUUCUUUGCCAAGAAACUGAACAAGAGUAUGAAGGGAGCUGGGACUGAUGAAUCCACACUGAACCGGAUCUUAGUGUCUAGGUCUGAAAUCGACCUUCUGGAUAUUCGAGCUGAAUACAAGAAGCUUUAUGGUUGCUCUUUGCAUUCUGCCAUUCAGUCUGACACUUCUGGGGAUUACAGGACCACAUUGCUCAGGAUUUGUGGCGGUGAUGACUGAUGCAGGGGAACAGACCCGGGCCGAACUGCUGAGCUGGCGUUGUCUCCUGCUGCACUCUGCAGUCCUCGCUUGUGUGUGUGUCGCUUUACAGUGUUUAAGCAAGUGUAAAAUCGUCACUGCUUGUUUGAUUGCUUCCUCAUUAGGCAUCCAACAAACAGAUGCUUAUUUUAGUGCUUCCCUUCAGGCACUGGUUUCACCACCCACUGUGGUUUUUGGAUGAAACCCCGCAUGCAUAUUGUGUACCGGACUGAUCUGCCUGCGCUAGAAAAAUUACGGCGGCCAGUGAGGUUGGAGUCUGUCUGGAAAUAGCAAAAUGCAGAUUACGUAUUCAAUGUUUUUCUAGGAACCCUCACAAUCUCAAUGGAGCUUAUCCAAAUGCUGUCUCUCUAUGGUUGAUCUGCCUUUUGUUUCAUUAAAAAUCCCACCUUCUGAA